CAGUGGAGGAGGUCGGGAAUUUAUUGAGUCCUACACAGUUAUAGUUGCUCUCCGAUUCCGAAUGUGGGAUUAAAAAAAAAAAAAACAUUGAUACAAUUUUGUCUCGUAGGCGGCGCGAAGGGAAAUUCAGUACUAGGUUGUAGAGAACAGCUCCGUCUAACUUCAGCUGGAUGUUGGGUUAUUCCCGGUUACAUUGUGGACGUCUGCGGUGUGAGAGGACAGAGAAGGUUGACAUUUCUAUCAGACAGGACGAGGCGCCUGGUAAAAGGUGUGUGCAUUUAGGUCCCCCCCAGGAAGAGCCUGACAUCGUGAUCUCGCCCGGCUUAGAGGGUUGUCACCAGUAUUAGUGAUGGCGGAGUGCGGGAGGAAGGCACUGUCACUCCUUGAAGCGGCCCGCUCACGCUACGAGAGUUUGCAGAUUUCGGAUGAUGUUUUCGGGGAGUCUGGUGACGACAGCAGUGAUAACCCCUUCUACAGCACAUCGGGUGACUCUAACUCGGACAACAACACCCCGGAAUGCUGUGGGGACGAGCGGAGGACAGGCGAACCCCGACCGCCCAGCUCCCCAAACACCCAGGCAGAGGAGGAGGGCUGGAGUGACGCAGUCCAAGACAUCACGAUCCCCUCCUACACGGAUACCUGUGGGCCCACACAGAAGAUGCCAGCUACAGCUUCAGUGGUUGACUUCUUCCAACUGUUUGUGCCAGACAAUGUCAUCCAGAACAUGGUGACGCAGACCAACAUGUAUGCCAAGAAGUACCAGGAGCGCUUCGGGAGCGAGGAGGGCUGGCACAAUGUGACAGUGCCUGAGAUGAAGGCCUUCCUCGGCUUUGUCAUCUCCACCAGCGUGCACCGCUGCGAGUCAGUGCUCAGCAUCUGGAGCAGCGGCUUCUUUGCCAACAAAAGCAUUGCGCCCAAGAUGAGCCAGGCUCGCUUCGAGAAGAUCCUCAAAUACUUCCACGUGGUGGCCUUCCGCUCCAGCCAUGGUAGUCAGGGCCUCUACAAGAUCCAGCCCUUCCUGGACUCCCUGCAGCAGUCUUUCAGCAGCACUUUACACCCUUCACAAACCCAGGUACUGCACGAACCCCUGAUUGAUGAGGACCCUGUCUUUAUUGCCACGUGCAUGGAGAGGGAGCUGCGCAAGAGGAAAAAGAGGAAAUUUAGCCUGUGGGUGCGCCAGUGCUCAUCCACAGGCUUCAUCUGUCAGAUCUAUGUCCACUUGAAGGAGGGUCCAGGUCCAGACGGCCUGGAUACACUGAAAAACAAGCCACAGCUGCACAGCCUUGUGGCCAAACAGCUGUGCCAGGACCUGUCAGGCCGCAACGCCAUCAUCUUCACUGGACCCAGCAUCACCAGCCUUCACCUGUUCCAGGAGUUUGAGAAACAAGACAUCUACUGCUGUGGUCUUCUGAGCUCCAGGAAGAGCGACUGUACUGGCCUACCCCAGUCUAUGCUCAGCAAUUCUGAGGUUCUUCAGCACAGGGGCCAAUCCAGGACAAAGAUGAAAGGCAACAUGUCUCUGAUCUGCUGGUACAACAAGGGCAACUUCCGCUUCCUCACCAAUGCCUACUCACCCAGCAAACAAGGAGUCAUCAUUAAAAGGAAAAGAGGAGAGAUCCCCUGCCCUCUGGCUGUGGAGGCCUUCGCAGCACAUCUGAGCUAUAUCUGCAAAUAUGAUGACAAGUACAGCAAGUUUCAGCCCGUAUCUCUGCUUGCCUGAGUGACAUCCAGAGCUGGAUGGACAACCACCAUCUAAAGCUCAGCCCAGGAUCCACAUUUCCCGCAAUCUCACAGGAAAAUUCCGCGACAUCCACCCCGCAUGAUGUCUAGCUUGGUUCAGUCAAUCCCGUAAUGGUGGGAGCAAUAAACUUUCCCAAAUAGGAGCAAGGUAUGUUCUUGGGAAAAGCCCCUUCUUCGACGCACCUGCUUGGGCCAUUCUCUUCACCUCAUCUGCUCCGAUAAUCAGACAGAGGCUGAAUUCUACACGGCGCACUACUAGGCCUACAGACACACCUAGUUACCUUGCGGUAACUUAGCAGCCUAUAGCGAGUAGAAACUGGUGUACGCGGAACGCUACAUCAGUUUACCACUGCAAACCACAGCAACAAACUUUUACACACGGAAAAAGGACCAGCGGACACAUUUUUCCAGAACCGAACAGACCUGACGACAACGCACAGCCCACGGGAACAUCCCAGCUCUACGCCUCUGCCUAGGACCACAGUUCACAUUACCAUUGCCGCUUCUACAAGGACAGCACGUCUUUUGGAUCCAGCAAAGCGUAUGGACUCAGUAAGACUCAACAACAAACAUUCAGGCAUAGCCAGUGUUUUGCUUAGUUUUGACUGAUAUUGUGAAAGUGGUUUUCUAUUCGCUUUACUGAUCAUUUGAAUGCAUAUUGUUAGCCACAUAUAUACCUGAAUUGAUUCGCCGUCUUUCGCAUAUGUAAUGAGAGUAAAACUACACAAGUAAUCUCUCUUUCCCCAGCUAACACUCCCACUUUUGCUUUUCCUUUGUUCAAGGGACACACACACA